AGUUACUUAGGUACAUCAUGCAAGACAUCCCUGAACCUUUUCGGUCUUCUAGAGCUCAUUCGACUUCCAGACCGCCAGGACAGGGACUAAUGACGUUUUAGCCUAAAUUGAUAGAGGGACUUCAUUGCCCCGCGAUACCGAGAUCUGGGUCAUUGGUGUCAUAUCAGCAGCAGCAGCACCUAUGAGACGUAUGAUCUGUAAAUCUUGCAUCAACAAGCUCCCAUGAACUUAAUAAAUAAUUCCGAUCAACUUUCCCAAGAGGGUCCAAAUCCAAAUUUACUAGACUAAUCCUCUGUUUUUAGAGCGUCAUUUCCAUGCAUAGAGUUUAGAGCUUUACGAAUCCUUACAAUCUCUAAUUUUGAUAUACGUUUGUAUCGAUUUACUGCUUUACUGAUUUACUAGCAAAGCAAUUAUGAGCACAGGGCCGUUAUACCUCGGGUUUGACCUUUCAACCCAGCAAUUAAAAGCAAUUGUAAUUGCUUCAGAUCUCAAGGUUAUCUCCGGGGCCAAAGUCGAUUUCGACGCCGAUUUUGCCGCCAAGUAUAAAAUCAAUAAGGGCGUACGGACCAACGAGGAUGAAGGUGAAGUGUAUGCUCCUGUGGCCAUGUGGGUUGAGGCCGUUGACCUCGUCUUAACUCGGCUUAAGGAAAAAGGAUGUCCUGUUGAGCAUAUCAAAGGCAUUAGCGGCUCUGGUCAACAGCAUUCGAGUGUCUACUGGAGUGAACAUGCCGAGUCCACUUUGAAGUCGCUUGAUAGUGAGAAGCCCCUAAUCAACCAGCUGCACAAUGCCUUCGCCUACGAAUUCGCCCCGAAUUGGCAGGACCACAGUACCCAGACUGAAUGCGAUCACUUUGAUGCUCACCUCGGCUCCAAACAGAAGUUGGCUGAUGCUACAGGGAGUGCUGCUCAUCAUCGCUUCACAGGCACGCAAAUUCUAAGAAUGAGAACGCGACGCCCUGAAGUCUACAAUAAAACUGCUCGAAUCUCACUUGCCUCUUCAUUUUUAGCCUCUCUGUUUCUGGGAGCAAUUGCGCCGAUAGAUAUAAGCGAUGUCACUGGUAUGAAUCUAUGGGACAUCGCCGGUGAGAAGUGGAACGAGUCACUCUUAGAGUUGACGGCAACUAAGGAGGGUGUGCCCGAGCUGCGGAAGAAGCUUGGUGAUGUACCACUAGACGGCGGUGGUAGUCUGGGAGGAAUUUCCUCGUAUUUCGUAAAACGAUACGGAUUCAGUCCCGACUGCCAGAUCGCACCUUUCACGGGCGAUAACCCCGCGACGAUCUUAUCCUUACCUCUGCGGCCGCACGAUGCGAUCGUCUCGCUGGGCACAUCUAGCACAUUCCUCAUGAAUACGCCUAGCUAUAAGCCCGACCCCUCGUACCACUUCAUGAACCACCCCACCACGAAGGGGCACUUCAUGUUCAUGCUGUGCUACAAGAACGGCGGCCUAGCGCGCGAGAAGGUCCGCGACAAGCUCCCUAAGCCGUCAGGCCCGGACCCCUGGGAGAACUUCAACGAGAAGGUGCUGGAGACGCCGCCGCUAGACGUGAAGAAAGAGGGCGACAGGGCCAAGCUGGGCCUGUACUUCCCGCUGCCGGAGAUCGUACCCAACAUCAAGGCCGGCACCUGGCGGUACACAUGCAACAGCACGGACGGCUCGGACCUGAAGGAGAGUCCGGACUGGGGUGCGGAGGCAGACGCCCGCAUCAUCGUCGAAUCCCAAGCCCUAUCGAUGCGCCUGCGCUCGCAGAAGCUCGUCUCAAAACCAGCCGGUAGGCCGCAGCUGCCGGCGCAGCCGCGGCGGAUCUACCUCGUCGGCGGCGGGUCGCUGAACCCGGCGAUCGCGCGGGUAUUCGGGGACGUGCUGGGCGGAGUGGACGGAGUGUACCGGCUGGACGUGGGGGGCAACGCGUGCGCGCUCGGGGGCGCGUACAAGGCGCUGUGGGCGCUCGAGCGGCGCGACGCGGACGAGAGCUUCGACGACCUGAUCGGAAAGCGAUGGAGGGAGGAGGACGCGGUCCAGAAGGUCGACGACGGGUUCCGCGACGCGGAGUUCGCGAAGUACGGCAAGGUCCUGCACGCGUUCGAGGAGCUGGAGAAUAAGAUACUGGAGGUCGCGCAUAAUUAACUACCUAACCUAACCUACCGACCUAAACCUUAGGGUUAGGUGCCUACCCAGGUACGUGAGGUUAGGCGAAAGCUUAUGUUCUAGGAGGCUGAUAAUAUCUUAGGUAUUUAUACCCGAGCAGGUGAUUGCGAUUUAGCGUGUUCCUGAGUAGAUCUCAUAUGUGUACCUAAGCCAGCCAUGUACUUUAGUUAGUGUCAGCUUAAGCUCAUUACUCAAUGCAGCAGGCGAUGUUUUUCACUUGGGGUUCUCAUAUUCUUAUAUUCCUAUAUGUGUAUAGGUAGUAAGCUAAUGCGACCAAUAUAAGAUCCAAUAUAGAUCUAAGUCAAUAGUUAAUACUAAUACUAUUGACAGAUAUAGUAACUAACUAAUCUAAUUAUAAUAGAUUCUUACGUG